GGGCACAGGCCAAGGGCAGUGGGUCAGGCCCACUCUGGACACGGGCGCUGAAGGUUAGCCUAUGGCCUCUGGUGCCUGAGGCGGGAGGUGAGCUCCAGGAUGGAUUUCGGGUCCUUGGAGACAGUGGUCGCCAACUCUGCCUUCAUCGCCGCCCGGGGCAGCUUCGAUGGGAGCAGUGCCCCGUCCUCCCGGGACAAGAAGUACCUGGCCAAGCUCAAGCUGCCUCCUCUCUCCAAGUGCGAGAGCCUCCGGGACAGCCUGAACCUGGAGUUCCAGAGUUUGUGCUCGGAGCAGCCCAUUGGCAAGCGGCUCUUCCAGCAGUUCCUGAAGGCCGAUGAGAGGCACGUGCCGGCCCUGGAGCUCUGGAAGGACAUCGAGGAUUACGACACGGCUGAUGACGACCUCCGGCCGCAGAAGGCCCAGGCCAUCCUGGCCGAGUACCUGGACCCUCAGGCCAAACUCUUUUGCAGCUUCCUGGAUGAAGGAAUGGUGGUGAAGGUCCGGGAGGUGCUUGUGGCGAGUGGGAAUGGGCUCUUCCAGCCCCUCCUGCAGGCCACCCUGGCCUACCUGAGCCAGGCCCCGUUCCAAGAAUACCUGGACACUCUGUACUUCCAGAGGUUCCUGCAGUGGAAGUGGCUGGAGGCCCAGCCCACAGGGGAGGACUGGUUUCUGGACUUCAGGGUCCUGGGGAAAGGUGGCUUUGGGGAGGUGUCCGCCUGCCAGAUGAAGGCAACUGGCAAGAUGUAUGCAUGUAAAAAGCUUAAUAAGAAGAGGCUGAAGAAGAGGAAGGGGUACCAGGGUGCUAUGGUAGAGAAGAAGAUUCUAGCAAAAGUACACAGCAGGUUUAUAGUCUCUCUGGCCUAUGCGUUUGAAACCAAAACUGACCUCUGUCUGGUGAUGACCAUCAUGAAUGGAGGCGACUUAAGGUACCACAUCUACAAUGUGGAUGAGGAGAACCCCGGCUUCCCGGAGCCUCGCGCCAUCUUCUACACGGCCCAGAUCAUCAGUGGCCUGGAGCACCUGCACCAGAGGGGCAUCGUCUACCGAGACCUCAAGCCUGAGAACGUGCUUCUGGACAAUGACGGCAAUGUUAGAAUUUCUGACCUUGGACUGGCCGUGGAGCUAAAGGAAGGGCAGACCAAGACCAAGGGCUAUGCAGGGACCCCAGGUUUCAUGGCCCCUGAGCUCCUGCGGGGCGAGGAGUAUGAUUUUUCCGUGGAUUACUUUGCCCUGGGGGUCACGCUGUAUGAGAUGAUUGCGGCCAGAGGACCCUUCCGAGCCCGGGGAGAGAAGGUGGAGAACAAGGAGCUCAAGCAGAGGAUCCUCUCAGAGCCAGUCAAGUACCCGGACAAGUUCAGCCAGGCCAGCAAAGACUUCUGUGAGGCACUGCUGGAGAAGGACCCAGAGAAGCGCCUGGGGUUUAGAGACGGGACUUGUGAUGAGCUCCGUGCCAACACCCUCUUUAAAGACAUUAACUGGAGACAGCUUGAGGCUGGAAUGCUGAUACCCCCAUUCAUCCCAGACUCCAAAACUGUCUAUGCAAAGAACAUCCAGGACGUAGGGGCCUUUUCCACAGUCAGAGGUGUGGUCUUCGACAAAGCGGAUACAGAAUUCUUCCAGGAAUUUGCCACUGGCAACUGCUCCAUUCCCUGGCAGGAGGAGAUGAUUGAGACAGGCGUCUUUGGGGACCUGAACGUAUGGCGUGCCGAUGGGCAGAUGCCCGAUGACAUGAAGGGAGUCACUGUGAAGGAGGCUGCUCCCUCGUCCAAGUCAGGAAUGUGUCUGGUUUCCUAG